CGCGGCGGCGGAAGCCAUGCUCAAGCCCAAGGACCUGUGUCCCCGAGCGGGUACCCGCACCUUCCUGGAGGCCAUGCAAGCGGGCAAAGUGCACUUGGCCCGCUUCGUGCUGGACGCGCUGGACCGCAGCAUCAUCGACUGCCGCGCGGAGCAGGGCCGCACGCCGCUCAUGGUGGCCGUGGGGCUGCCGGACCCCGCUAUGCGCUCCCGCUUUGUGCGGCUGCUGCUGGAGCAGGGAGCAGCUGUGAACCUGCGGGACGAGCGCGGCCGCACGGCUCUCAGCCUGGCUUGCGAGCGAGGCCACCUGGACGCCGUGCAGCUCCUGGUGCAGUACAGCGGCGAUCCCGAGGCCACCGACUCAGCGGGCAACAGCCCCGUGAUGUGGGCAGCGGCGUGCGGCCACGGAGCGGUGCUCGAGUUCCUGGUGCGCUCCUUCCGCCGCCUGGGCCUGCGCCUGGACCGUACCAACCGCGCGGGCCUCACGGCUUUGCAGCUGGCUGCAGCGCGCGGCCACGGGACCUGCGUGCAGGCGCUCACCGGGCCCUGGGGUAGGGCCGCAGCCGCCGCGGCUGCCCGGGGCUCCAACUCCGACAGCCCGCCAGGCCGCCCGGCCCCCGCCCCGAGCCCGGAGCGUCGACGACCCAGCCCACGCCGCCUGCCGCGGCCUCUCCUGGCACGCUUUGCGCGAGCGGCAGGCGGCCACGGUCACGGCCAUGGUCACAGCGGUGAGGCCGCCCCAGCGGGCAAAAGCUCGGGCCGGCAUCGGGCACCAGGUGGCGAGCGGCCGGAGUUGGGCCGCAGCAUGAGCCUAGCGCUGGGAGCCAUGACCGAGGAGGAGGCGGCGCGCCUACGGGCAGGAGUCCUAAUGGCCCGACCAAACUCACCCCAGUCUGCGGGGACUGGGCGGUGGCGUUCGCAGGAGGUGCUGGAGGGAGCGCCCCCAACUUUAGUGCAAGUCCCCAUCGGCCUUAGUCCCCACCCGGAGGGCGGACCUGGCUCUGGCCGCCUGGGUUUGCGCCGACGUUCCACAGCUCCAGACAUCCCCAGCCUGGUCGGGGAGGGUUCGGGACCAGAGAGCGGCCCGGAGUUAGAGGCCAACGCACUGCCCCUCUCGGUUCCUGGGCCUAAGCCCUGGCAGGCGGGCACCGAGGCUGCAGUGCUGCAAGCCCAGCGGUAAGCAGCAAGGGCCGAGCCCUGCUCCUUCCCGUCCCUCACUUCCAGGUCCUCACUUUCUCGCAGCCUGCCCCCAGCCCUCUCAGAACCUGUCCCCACUGUCAAAGCGAGACCUCCACCAGUCCUCCACCAGAAGUAAAAAAGGGGUCCCACCUCCUCUAUGCGCUUUGCUAUUGCGGGUCUAGAUCCCUCACCCUCCGUAGGACCUGCCUUUCCUGUGCCUGAAAGGCGAGGAGCGAGGCUUCCACGUUCAGCCAGGAAGGUGCACAGGAGGCUCGCCUUUCUAGGUUAUGGGAGUCUACUGUCGGCCCCUUCCCCUCGCUGAGUUCCCAGCACCCUGGCAGCAGAAGGGCUGACUUUUCCAAGGCCCGGCCUCGCUGGCGAUAAUGAUACUGAUGCAACCAACCGCCAAAGUCUCCCUCUUGCUCAUUGUUCGGAGGGGAAAUUUCAGCACCUCUCUAGACGGGAGGGCUGAUGAGGAAGGAAUCUGGUGGUUAAAUUUUUCCAGGGUAGAAACUCCCGCUUCAAGACAAAGCAUUUUGGGGGUGGCAGAGUUUCUGGUGUUGGCCACCAGUUGUCCUUUGCACCAGCUCCUGGGUAACACGUUUCCUCUGCCUCUUGCCCCAGGAUUCAACUUCACUGACAGUGUAGGGUCAUGUCUCCCCCAGACCCCUGGCCGGCCAGCCUGCUUCUCAGCUCCGAUGCAUUUGAAGUCCAUCUUGGUGGGUCAACGCCUCACUUCCUGCCGGCCCAGCCUUAAUUCCACGCACUCCCUUCCCAGAGGCUCGAAAUGGAAAAGACUUAGCACUUCCCCGCCUCCCACCGCCUCCUAGCUCCCCCGAUCCGCACGUGGGUGCUCGGGUAGGGUGGAACGGUUGCGAAGGCUUUUUACUUAAUUGCAUUUCUUCCAACCCGCAAAGAAUUCGUGUUUUGAGGCUUUGUAUGUGAAGCUAAAAGCAGCGGGUCUGAUACGUGGCUUAAGAACCUGACAAUAUCUCUUUAAAUAGAAGCUCCGCGAGGGGGAUAAUUGACUGAAGUGUUUGCGACGUUAACCGGCGGCGCGCGGGAGUCGGGAGCCCACACGAGCUGCAGGUCUCGAUUUAAAUUACAUCCGACUUCGGUAAAAGCUGAAAGGGGCCAGUUCGGCGUCCCCUACUCCUUGCUGGGCUGUUAAUAGAAGGCCGGGCGGAUGCUAGAGUUCGAGACCAAGGACCCCUGCCUCUGCCCCGCUGCGUGGGACGCAGGCCUCGCCCAGCUUCCAGCUUUCAUUUUAUUGCUGGGCAGAGUAAACGAAAGGUUCUCACCGAUAACUUCGUGGGAGCCGCCCACAGCGCGAACGGCCCUGCUGAGAAGUUAGGGCUGGGGUGAGCGCCGGAGCGGGGCUCGCGCAGGCCGCACGGCACCUCCCGGGUCGGGCCCUACACCCGCGGUGCCUGGGCGGCCCGCGCGGCCGCACCCUGGACGUGAUCCCCGGUGCCCCCUGGUGGUUAGCGAUCUCCUCGCUGCUCCCCGGCCCAGUCUUCUGGAUUUUGGGGGAUCACUAAUGUGUACUUCUCCCUCCGUGUGCAUUUCCCAUGGGAUCCUCUCCGUCCUGUAGAACACUAAAUCCGGAUACUUGAAGUCACUUCGCAGCAGAGAAGUGUGGGACAGCGAACCAAAAACACGAACAGCAACAACAAACGCUCACUGGGGGUAGCAGGAGCCCAGAGCCUUCACUAAGAAACCCCACUUGAUCCCCUCGUUAAGGCUCCCUGUCCCGAGAGCUCGUGAUGUCUUCUGAAAAAGCUGUAGCUUCCAGUCUUUCCCUUUCUCAACACUGGAACCUGCCGAUUACACGCAGUUUUCUUACAAUAGCUAUUUUCUUCUCUGAGGUGUUUUGCCCUUUCCUCCGUUGCCCCAAACAAAUGCUGUCCUCUGUCCCGGGUCUGGAUGGUGGAUGACUAAUCGGAGAGCGCCUGCAAACCCUGAUGGAGAGUCAUGCCUAGGGUGGGGGUAAUGAUGCUCCAAAUGCAAACUGCCUCCUUCUGCUCUCUGCUUGCUCAUUUACUCCCCUUCCACUGUGCUUGAUGCCGUUGUUAAUGGUGUUCGAAUAUAAGUAUUUUGGCUUAAAACAGCCCGAGGUCUGGGUCACACACUGUAUCAGAGGCUCUGUCUUCUUUCCAGGGCCAUGGACAUGUGGCUUUCCGGUGAACAUCACCUCAGGCUCUCUCUGUGGGAGAAACAGCUCUGUGGAGUGGCCUAGAGCUGAGUGGUUGGUUGAAAGUGAUGUUUCUAAAAAAAAAACUUGGGCUCUCUCCUGUCUGAAUCGAGCUGCGUGUCUGACUGCCUUGCUGUAUUUACAGACACCUUUGUUAUGGGCCCAGCUCACUGCAGAACACAGUCCACCACACUUUGCCCCCUGGAACUUCCUCUCAUUGUCAGCCUAGGGCGCCGAGGCUGGGGUCUGCUCUGGGGCUCCCCAGCACAGAAGAGACUUUGCUAAGCAAUUUGCUCUUCCUACUCUUGUUGCUUUCGACUUUGUGAAGAAUCACCCAGGCCACUGAAGCUCAGCACUUGUUGGUGUGGGAGGCUGCAGGACGUAUGUACACCCUUCGGGUGAUACUGUGUGGGAUACGGACUAGGGAGUAGCUAAUAAACCCAGUAUUAUUCCAUUGUGA